GGCUACCUCGGCUCACCCUCUGGUCUGUGUAUUCGGUUUUAUUUGUUACUUUGUAAUUUUCUUGAUUUGCUUUCCUGAAAUAAAGCUCUCUUUUGUUAAAAAGAUCAGUGCCACUGCAUCUUCGUCAUCCUGGUUCUGACAGCAGUUUUGGUUCUCUACAACACAAACAUAAAAGAAAUGGUGACUACCUGGAGCAUGACAAAAGGGUUGACUCCUGAAGGUCAAAAAAUAGACAUGGUCUCUCCUAACGCGUCUGUAUUCAGCACCAACAGAUCAGUAUCUGAACUAGCUGCUAAUCCAACCAGCUCACCUGCAUCACCUCAAACUGGAAAUAUCACAUCAACAAAAAUGACAGAUGAGACUACCACGUCUGCACGUGACAGAAAUGUUCCUUUUAAAUCUCCGGGCCUGUACGUAGUGGAAUACCCAUAUGAAUACCGCUUCAUUAUAAACGAGCCAAAGAAAUGUGAGCAGCAAAAUCCUUUCCUGGUUCUGAUUGUUCCUCUGGCACCGUACAACAGGGCUCAUCGCGACAUAAUCCGCAGCAGCUGGGGAAGUGAGAUUCUGGUACUGGGCAAAGUGGUGAAGCUGUUCUUCCUGCUGGGGCUGCAAAACGGAGAGGGGGCCCAGCAGCUCCACGAGCAGCUGCUGCAGGAGAGCCGUGAGCACCACGACCUGAUCCAGAGCGACUUCCUGGACUGCUACAAGAACCUGACCAUCAAGACCAUGGUGAUGCUGGAGUGGCUGACCUCCCACUGCUCUAAUGCCUCGUACGCCAUGAAGAUUGAUUCGGACAUGUUCCUCAAUGUGCCCAAACUCAUCAACAUGUUGUUAAAUGCCUCAAACACAAACUACAUGACCGGACUUGUGGUGAGUGGAGCUCCAGUCCUAAGAGAUCAAAGAUCUAAGUGGUACCUUCCUGUGGCGGUUUACUCUCCGGCAGUGUACCCACGUUACGCCUUGGGUCUAGGCUACGUUUUGUCUCUUGACCUCCCUAAAAAGCUUGUGGAGGCAUCCAGACACGUUAAAGCUAUUUAUAUUGAAGACGUGUAUUUGGGGCUGUGUAUGCAGCACUUGGGCAUCCCUCCCACCAACCCCCCAAGCCAGGAAUAUUUUAAAGUGUUUCCUGUGACGUACAGUCGCUGUGCUUACUCAACUCUGGUAGCCAGCACCACGUAUAAAGACUCUGAUCGUGUGAGGCAUUGGAAAGACUUUAAAAAACCAGGUCCAUACUGCUGAUCUCUAAAAAAAUUAUUAUUCUUUAACCAACAAAUAUGAGUAUCAAAUUACUGCGACGUCCUCCCCGUCCACAACUGCAGGGCAGGUGAACGUAUAUGAAGGAAACAGACAUCCAUUUGCUGAAAGUAAAAGGCGUAUGCAUGUCAGAUGUAAUAAUUGUCCCUAUUUGUUGAAGCAGUUUACUUAAAACAUCUUCAUGUCACUGUUACCAAAAACAUGUUGUGGUUAAUAAUAAUUGACGUUAACUACAAGCCUGUAGUAUGCGGCUCUGUGCCUUUCAAUUAUCCAGCUGUUUUUUUUUAAUAAGUGUGUGACAAAGAAUUGCUUCUCUGCAGAAGACGUGUUGGGACAUGGGAGAACAUUCAGGGAAGACCUCUAUUGUUGCUCUGCAGUGAAAACAAUGCAGUUUGAAAUAUUUUCUCGUGAUGUUAUCUGACUGGUGAGAACACAAAGACUCGUUUUAGGUGAAAUGGAAGCGUUUGACUCGGCCGCAGGGAACUACUUUUUAAAAUAGAAAUCCCCACAUUUGCCGAAGAACUAACACGAGUUGUUUACAAUAUCCAGAAAUAACUCAAUAAUUUAUUAUUUGUGUUCAUUUGUAUUUAUAACACUUUCUAAUAAGGAUACAAAACAAAUGCUUAAAUAAUGAUAGUGAGACAGUGUUAGGGAAGUAGUGUUCAGAUAUCAUCUGGUAAAGCACCAAUACUUUGACAUUUUGUUGGCUCGUUUGCUGUUAAAAUAUGUGAGUCAACUGGAAACCUGCUACAGGAAGUGGAAUGUAAAUGACGUCCCGUUGACAAAUCUUGACAGAAUGUUUAAUCAUGUGUCAAGUUUACAUUGUGAUGAAGAGAGAAAGAGAAAGAGAAAUGUCUGUCAACUUGAGACUGAACUACAUUUUCUUUGUAACUGGAUUCCAGCUAAUGCGUUGUUAUAUACAGGAAUUUAAUGUAUCAUGAACUGAUGUUAACAUAAACGUAUAUUGACUUUAUCAUGACUAAAUGGGAAGCUCAUGCAUUAGUUAUGCAUAUAAACAUGUGUUUUGUACCCUAAUUAUGAAGUUUUUAAUAUUCUAUAAUUUUGCUUUUAUAAUGUUUAGAGUUUGUGUUUUUACUUAUUUUAUCACUAGUCUGCCUGUCUCGGUUUCAUCUUUGGGGGUUAAUUUUUUAUUGAUAAGAUGAAGACAGAAACCCAAUAACUUUGUCAUCUAACAAGCCAUCCGCCUCACAGUGUUUUUAUAUUGUACAUAUUUAAAACUGUUGUAUAAUGUAAGAUGUACAUUGUCUCCAGUGUUGACCACAUUGUCAUGUCCUCUCCUGUCACUUCAGUUGUAAUCACUACAACAACAUUAUGUGUAUCUAAUGAAUGAAUGUGGCUUUCCUUGCCUUUCUGUACUGUUGUAAAGUGACGUUGCAGCUCCAUGCGUUUCUUUUUUUUACUUCCUGUUGUCAUACAGAGACACCAAGUGGACAUUUUGUCCACUGCAACUGAAUAAU